CGUGAGAGGAGGAACGACGACGAUCGCAUCGCAGAAGAUCGCAUUUGAAACUCGAGUCUUUUUGUGAAGUGAAGUUACGAUUACUGGCCACCAUCGGCUCUUAUCAAGCAGAACUGCCUGGAAAGGUACAUGAAAGUGCAGUGUCCUGUUUGUGUCUGGUAGCAGAUAGCACAGCGGUCGGUUCUAAAAUUGGAAAAACAUCGACAGUGACGAAAGCAGCGGCGUCCAUUAGCGGUGCCCGGGCCGGCCAUCGGGCUGCUGAUAAUAAUGUGCCGUGGCGAGCAAGUGUAAACGAGCAACUCCGGGUCGAUACGCUUCGAAUGCGCAUCCUUUAUCAGUGUGCUCGCUUGAUGUGUUGAUGCGCACUACUGGCACUACGGCGCCCCUUGCAAAGUGCAUUCCUUGGUGCAAGCGAAGCAAAUGGCAGCGAAUUCCGGUCGCCAGUGUGUCGCUCGUUCGGUGUGCGUGUGUCUGUGUUCUUCGGGCUAGGGAUCGCUCGUUAUCAUAAGUGAAAAAAGCGAACAAAAUAAGCAUUUCUACGGGGUGAGCUCAGUGCACUCGGUGACUGAAAAAUAAAAACGGGGCGAUCUCAAUAAUCAGUGCCGCCAGCACAAGAAGUUGCGAAUUGCACUGGUCACUACAUAAACAAGAACGAAAAAAAAACUUGCUGAAACUGCUCCGAAAAGGCAAAGCAGCAAAAACGCCAGCAAACGACGACGACGACACCAGUCGCCAACAGUUCACUCACCACAACCGUGCGUAUCGAGUGUUCCCGUUCCCGUUGAUUAAUCGACAUCGCGGUACCGGCGACAAAAAGGGAUCCUUCCAAAACGCUACCCGAAAAAGUGUGUGUGUUUCUUACUAUUGCGUGCGUGCAUGCGCGUUCGUGUGCUUUUGGUCGCUGGUGUGUGCUGCUGGUCUGUCUCCGAUUCGCUACGAUUCGUUGGAAAAAUUACGGUCGCAGCCCUCUAAUCAAACGGCAUAAAGGGAAAAAGAGUAAAGAUAUAAGUGGCAAAACAGAGUGCACAAGCCGAGUGCGGAAAACGAGUGAAAAACGAGUGAAAAAGUUGAUCAAAAUUGCGCACAACACGCCAAUUGAGCGUAGCAAAACAAAUAUCCAGAAAGCGGGAGGGAGAGCAGAAGAAAAAAAGGCAAAGGCCCCAAGCAUAAGAAUCCUCGUCGGUCGUCGUUGAAGCGCCCAGCGGAAAAAAGGUAAAGAAACGCGCAAAUUGAGCUGUGUGCUAAGUGUGUGCAACGGGUGUGUGUGUGUGUUUUGAUGCCAAAGUGCCGCGAAAGAAACGCGAUUAGGCAAAGUGAAGAAGGCAGAAAACAGCCGACAAAAAACCAGCAGCAGGCUACAACAUUUUUGUCCCAAAAGUGUGUCUCUGUGUGCCUGUGUGUGCCUGUGUGUGCGUGCGUGUGUGAGUGCGUGAUAAGCAUAAAUCGAUUGCAACUCGAUAGCGCCGUCUAGCGCCCUACUCGGAUCCGGUUACCGGUGGCUUUUUGAAAAAUCAACAACAUCCAAGCAAACACGGCAAAGGAAGUCGUUGCCGCCGUUGUCGUCGUUCUGUCAGUUGGAGUGUUAAUUGAAUCGUUUCGAUUGGCAACCCCGGCCUCCGCCGGCCAAACGCUGAUCACCACAAACACAAAAGAUGCUGAAGCACGUGCAGAUAUCACCGAUGCGGAGCCGGGCGGAUUCGCUCUCGAUGCGUUCGUCCACCUCGUGCGCCUCGUCGCUGUGCGGCAGUCCGGAGCCACCGAGCGAUCAGCUCCGAAGCCACUCGAGAGCCUCCAGCUAUUCCAGCCUCAACGAAACCAUUCCCCAGACCACAAUUAAGAUCUACACCGCCUGCCUGCGCCAGGACAUCGAGUACAAAACGUUGGGCAUCUCGUACGACGCGACCAGCAAAGGUGUUGUGCAGCAAGUCCUACGAAGAUGUAAGAUGCGUCAUCGGGAUCCACGGUUGUUCUAUCUAACGAUGGAGGUAACCGUCCGCCGGCCGGGCGUUAAAUCCGUGCUCGAGCUGGACGAUGAAGCCCGGCCGGCACUGCUGCAGGCCUGCCACCCGAAGGGUGACUCCAGAUUUUGUCUCCAGCAAAAACCUGGCGGUCUGAUUCGGGUCCAUACGUCCGCGCUGCAGCCCAACUCCCAGUACAAAUCGCUGCUCAUCUCGGAGGAGACGACCUCGGACGAGCUGCUAUCGCUGCUGCUGUCCUGCUACAACUCGCUGGAACCGGUCGAGCAGUUCUCGCUGUACGAGGUGUGCCCGGGCCAGGAGUACCAGCGGAAGCUCCAUCCGGACGAUCUGCCGCUCAAGACGCAACUGCAGCGUCAGCAAAAGGGCGAAAUCAUGCACUUCCUGGUGCGCCGCAAUCCCAACUAUCCGCGGCGCCGUCAACUGCUCGCUACCAUCGCCGAAUCGAAGCACUUCAUUCGGAACACGCAGGCAGCCAUUGACUCCAGCAACACGGCCAUGGUCGGUGGUCAAUCGCAGCUCCAAACCGCGGCGCAUCCUCUCCACCACCAGCAAUCGCACCAUCCGCAUCAUCAUCAUCAUCAUCAUCAUCGGCUAUCGCUGCAUUCGACGACAACGGGGACAGGAUUCACGCUGGGAACGCUCUGCGGACCGGUUACCUCACCGACCAACUCCUUUAUCUCGGACAUCGUGGAUGGACUGUCGUCGCUGAACGAUCUGCCUUGCGAGACGAACAGUUUACGGCUGACGAAGAACAGCUCCUCCUCCUCCUUCUUCCGACCCUCGUCACUCGACGAUUCGACCGCCUCGACCGACUCGACGGACUCCACGGAAUCCUCCUCCUCGUCCUGUUCCUCCUUUUCCUCGCUUUCGUCCGAUUCUUCCUCCUCCUCCUCCUCGACGGCUUCUUCGUCGGCCGCCGAGCUUACCUUCGCCGAGGAUGAACACGAGAUCGAUACGGACACGGAUACGGAUACUUCCACCUUGCGACGUCAAUCCGAUAUCGCGACACUCAAGAGGCAGCAUCAGCAACAGCAGCAACAAAACAACAACGAAGAAGCGGCACCAUGCCAGCAGUGCCCCACUAAACCGCUGCCGCCGCCGGCCAUCGCAUGGCGUCACUCGGAACCGGCUCCGGAAUUGACGGCGCCACCGGAGAUCAAAAGUAAAAACAGUGCCCAACACCAGCAGCCACCGCCACGGCCGGCUAAAUCGUCGACCAUGCUGGCGGCACUUAGUAAACCCUCGCUACCCGCCUCACCGUUGGCCGCUCCCUCGUACAACCCGGUCUACAACAUCCGCGAGAUACGCACCGUGAGCCAAUCGUUCUCGGCACUCGGUAUCGACAAGAAGCUGGUCGAUAUUCGUUCGCCGGUGAGCGCCGGUACGACAGCUGCUGGUGCUGGUGCUGGUGCUGGCGUUGCUGCUGCUGCUGCUCCUACGGUUCGUAGUUCGGUCGUAAAAGAAAUGGUUAAUACGGAUCCGGCGAAAGGUGUCGGAAACUUUGUCUACAUCUAGCCGUUCCGUCCCCGGUAUUCCGUGCGUCUUUAUAUCGUCCUAGUCUUGAUAGUAGCGCUGGUGGUAGUAGUAGUGCAAGCCUGAACCUGCAAUAAACCUAAGAAACUGUGACAGUUAGGCCACCGCGGCAUGGGGUUGCGGGGUGGCGGCAACAGCAUAAAGCACCCCUUGGGAUGGGCUCCAUACAGCGUCGCGUUUGUUGAGUGGUAGAGCAAAGAGAGAGAGAGAGAGAGAGAGAGAGAGAGAGAGAGAGAGCUAGAGAGAGAGAGAGCGCAGAAUGAAAGGAAUGGGCCCGAUGGUUCCAUUUUAUCGCCCAAGAAUGAUGUACAGAUUACCAGUUACUGAUGAAAGGAGGACUGCACACAAUUAAGUACAUGCUGCUGGCCAGGACUGUCGCUCAAUGCACACCGAGCCAUGGAACGAGAUUGAUCAAUCCUGGAAACAAUGAACGCUGUAUGCCAAAGAGAUUUUAAACGUUAGAUAGUAGCCGUUAGGGACUAGCAUUUAGUAUGAGCCAGGACGAGAGAGAGAGAGAAAGCAGGAGGGGCCAAUCGGAGUUUGCCCGUUAGCCAAAGCGCCCCAAAUAUCUCCCGGUCCUCCCCCCGGAGGGGGAACACCAAUUCCCCCCCUCAAGCCUCUGGUGGUGUAUCGUGGCGUGACGCCCUGCUCCUCGAAUAUCAUCAUAAAUACCAAAUGAACCAUUUAAGAACCUAUGAAUCUAUCCCCCCGAACUCUCUAUUUAAAGGUGUGUCUACUCGUCUAUAUGUUUGCUUGCUAUCGCUUCUCCGCAUGCCGCAUGGAAUCUAUAUCUUCGUUAAAGUUUGAUUAAAAGUAAAGGAAAGCUUAUCGAAUUAUUCAAAUUAUUGUUUGUUAUCUUCGGUGCAGUUUAUAUUCUCACGUGUUUCGAAUGCCUUUCUCAGCGUAAACUAUUAUCUCUUCUGUCAGAUGUGUAUAGCAACCCGUUUAUGUUG